CGAAGCAGUCUCAUCGAUCGACGGUUGCUAAAAACCAAAGCGGCAAAGCCAAACGACGCGCCAUCGUCGAUCAGUGACUUCAGCUCCUGACCUCGGGAAACUCUUCCCACACAUUCUCUCGCCGAAGUCCCAUCUGUAGUAUGGGAAAAGCGAAUAGUCCAAGAUGGACGAGACACAGAAGGAAAGAAGAUAUCUAGUCCGACGGCCCAAGGCGCUGCAAUACUUCCACAAUGGUGAGCUCAAGAAGGCAGCGGAGAAGGAGCGAGUAGCUGGGCGAUUCGAGUUGUUCUUCGAUCUGUUAUAUGUCGCUCUGAUUGCCAACUUCGCCGAAGCCCUGACAGACGAACCCAGCGGCACGCGACUCGUCAUUUUCAUCCUCAUCUUCACGCCCGCCUGGCACGCCUGGGCCGACGCAAAGGAGAAUGCCAACAACUACUUCAACGACGACGUGCUGCAACGCGCCGCCAUCCUGUGGGUCAUGGCCCUGCUAGUGCUGUACGGCAACAAUGCAAACUACGUCGGCGAGAGCAUCAAAUCGCAGCGCAUCACCGUCGCCUCGUACCAGGUCAUCCGAUUCACGCAGCUCAGCUUCUUCCUCAUGUACAGUGUCGCCAGCCAUCACCACCGCUGGCAGAACCGGAUUUACGCUGGUUUGACCUUCAUCGGCUUGCUUCUUUGGGUGCCCAUUUACUUUGAGAGCGUCAGCAACCGAGCCAAAAUUGCAGUGGCCGUCGUCGCCAUACUCUGGGAGGAGGCCUCAUACAUCCUCGGAUUUUCGCCUUUCGUCGCCAAUCUUCUGAAGCUGGAUUUCACGACGGCAGUCGACAUCGCUCACGAAGACGAUCGAUACACGGCGUUUACAAUCAUCGUACUUGGCGAGUUCACCUACGGCAUACUCUUCGGCUCCCCGGCCCGGGGCGGCCUGUCCUUCGGCUACCUCCGCGGCGUCUGGACGCUCGUGAUCGCCUUCUGCUUCAACUCAAUGUACGUCUACACCGACGGCGCCAUCACCAACCUUCACCCUGUGCGCCGCUCCGUCUGGACCGCCUUUGGCUGGCUGAUGAUCCACCUGCCCAUGUCGGCGGGAUUGCUUAUUGGUGGACACGUCAGCGCAGCCUCCACGGCCGACGAUCUGGAUGAAGCGCGCCGGUGGCUUUGGGGCGGUGGACUGGGUGUGGGCAUGCUGUGCAUGUGGCUUACGGCGCAGAUGUGGAAGGAUUGCGAUCCGGCGGGGACGUUGAUCUUGCCUAAACAACUCCGUCUCUUGCCUCGACUUCUUGCCGCUAUUGUGUACGCACUGGUGCCUCUGGCUUCAGUAGACAGUCUAAGCACCACCUCGCUCAUCAGCAUCGGGGCAGGACUCAGCGCUUUCGUCGUCAUUUGGGAGAUGAUCACCUCGUUGGAGAAAGGCGCAGUGCCGUUUGAGAGCUGGAAGGGUACCGUGGCGACGUAUGACACGGUGAUUGGUAACGUGAAGACAAAGUCAAGGCAACGGACGAGAGGGGAGCAGUCGAUCACGCCCAAGACGGAGCAGCAGAAUGGAUCGUCGAGUUCGUAA